AUGUGGACUAUACCCCGGGGAAUCAGCAAGAUGAAGGCCCUACGCGUGUUGCGUAGAGUAACUCUUGGGAACGAUGACUCCGAUGCUGCCCAAGAGGUGGGUGAACUGGAGCAGCUGCAAGUGUUUGUCGUGUCUCUUGAUGACCGCAAGGCCAUUGUAGAUGAGGAUGUUCUAAGAAACCUUGCUCUGUCCCUAAGCAAGAUGUGCUCCCUCCGGUGGCUCUGGAUAGGGCACCGGAGAAGCGACGACAACAACAGCAAGCAAAAGCAGGUGGUGAACUUUCUCCACCACCUGCCCGCGCCACCACGGCUCCUUCAGACCCUCUGGAUCACAGGUGACGUCGAUGGGCUGCCGGGCUGGAUCGGCUCACUAACUCAUCUUGUCACUUUCACCAUCUUGGAUACAACCCUUGCUGGUGACCAGCUCUUCGGCAUCCUGUGUAAGCUGCCCAACCUGAAGAGCUUGUACGUGACGUGGACACGCCAUGGCGACGGAUCGAUGUCGACGCUGGAGACGCUGGAACUGAGGUUUGACUACAGGUCAACGCAUGCGACGGAGUGGAGCAUCGUUGGCAUGGAGCAGCUGACGAACUUGAAGAAGGUUACGCUUGAUGGUAACAAGGACAACCCUGCACUAAUCCACGCGGUCGAGCUGCUAAGGGCUGACGGCAGUGGUGGUGGUAGGCUCUCUACUAGGUCCAAGAACAACGAAUUCCAUGUUGCAGUGAAAUAUCGGUGA